AUGGAUUCCAAGCAAGAUGAUGUGGGAGAAGACGCGGGCAUUGAGGACGUGCGAGACGUUGAAUCAAAAGGAAACGACUCCAAGGGAUUGACGACUGCAAUGAUCCAUCAAGAGCACAAAGAAUUAUAUCUUGAAGCACUUCAAAAAUAUCCUGUCAACGACGCUAUUGAUCGAGAUGUGGAGAGACGCCUCAUACGUAAACUCGAUAUGCGAAUUCUCCCCCUUCUGGGAAUUUGCUACUUUUUCUACUAUGUUGACAAGACUACCCUUUCAUAUGCGGCAAUUUUCGGAAUCGAGGACUCUCUGCAUCUCGAAGGCACACAGUACUCGUGGUUAUCGAGUAUCUUCUACUUUGGGUGGUUAGCAUGGGCAAUUCCGUCUAAUCUAAUUAUGCAGCAGCUGCCCCCAGCCUGGUAUCUCAGCGCCAACAUUUUCAUGUGGGGGGCACUACUCAUGUGUCAGGCAGCAUCAAAGACCUUCAGCGCUCUCGCUGCUCUUCGGGUAAUCUCUGGGGCUUUUGAAGCUAUUGCAGAUCCCGCGUUCAUGCUUAUUAUAUCAACAUACUAUACUCGAGAGGAACAGCCGUGGCGCAUUUCAGCUUAUUAUCUCUGGAAUGGCAUUGGCGUGGCUGGGGGUGGACUCAUUGGCUACGGAAUCGGUCACGUAAAGGGCGCACUUGAGUCUUGGCGCUAUGAAUUUCUCAUAGUUGGUGCGUUCUGCUCAUUUUGGGGGAUCAUACUGGCCCUCGUGCUUCCCAACUCGCCUGCCACUUUUCGAGGCUUUACUCGCGAUGAGAGGCUGAUGGUUAUUGCACGCCUGCGACAUAACCAGACCGGCGCUGAGCAAAGAAAAAUUAAGUGGGAUCAAAUCAAAGAAGCUUAUCUCGAUUACAAAACGUGGAUAUUCUUCCUGCUUGGGUUUGUUAGCAACAUUCCGAACGGUGGAAUAUCAAACUUCUCAACCUUGGUUAUCGAAGGACUUGGAUUUAAUACUCUCUACACAGCGCUAUUGGGGAUACCGCAGGGUGUGAUUGUGGUGAUUUGGAUCCUAUUAGGAGCCGUUGUCAAUCAAUAUCUACCGACAAAUAGUCGGACCUGGGUCUGUGCUUUAUUCAUGCUUCCAACCAUCGCCGGUGGUCUUGGGUUUCUUCUUGCACCUGCUGACGCCUACGUCGGACGACUGAUCUGUUUCUACCUUACCGGCUCAUACCAAGCCUCUUUUGUGGUUUCCCUUUCCAUUAUCACUUCUAACGUUGGAGGGCAAUCAAAGAAAAUGAUCGUCUCUGGGAUGAUAUGGUUUGGUGUGUGCGUUGGCAACAUCGCCAGCCCAUUCUUUUACAAGAGUAACCAGGCACCGACCUAUCGCUUGGGUAUCGGUUCUCUUCUGGUAUCCAAUUGUCUUGAGCUGCUUUUGUUCUUUGUGAUUCGCUACAUGUUCAUCUGGGAAAAUCGUCAGAAGCAGAAACAACGUGAGAUCUUGCUUGAGCAAGAGGGCGAAGACGGGCCGACGCUGAAUGCAACGGCUUUCGCUGAUCUGACUGAUAAGCAGAAUCCAAACUUCGUGUAUGUAUACUGA